CAUCUUUGCGGAUUGCCUACUAUUCGCAACGAAAGAAGAAACCCUUCAGCUUCCAAUUCCGAACCUCAGCUUCGGGUCCAGUUCAAACUCCCUUCUUUCUUUUCCUCUGUUUUUUUAAAAAACAAUUCCUUGUAGUUCACUAAUCGCGAAGUCUGCGUUUUACCAGAUACAAUGCUGUGAUUAAUAGAGAUCGCUAUUGCACAGAGUCCACGAUUGGUAAUGCAGACAUUUUGAUCCAGCUCAAUUAUCAAAAUAAAAGCUGUGUUUUGUGUUCUUGAGCCGCACCCAUGGCACAGAGUAAUUGGGAAGCAGAUAAAAUGCUUGAUGUGUACAUAUAUGAUUAUUUGGUGAAGAAGAAAUUGCAUGCCACUGCAAAGUCUUUUAUGACUGAAGGGAAAGUAGCCCCAGAUCCAGUAGCAAUUGAUGCUCCUGGAGGAUUCCUAUUCGAAUGGUGGUCUGUCUUCUGGGAUAUUUUUAUUGCGAGGACAAACGAGAAGCAUUCAGAAGCUGCUGCAGCAUAUAUAGAGGCACAACAAAUCAAAGUAAAGGAGCAACAUCAGCUGCAAUUGCAUCAUUUGCAGCUGAUGCGUCAAGCUCAGUUGCAACGUGGAGGUCCUAAUAAUCCAACUCUGGGCAGUCCAGUAAAUGCUAUUGGUUCUGAAGGAAUGCUUGGGCAACCAAAUGCUAGUGCAAUGGCAGCAAAAAUGUAUGAGGACCGCCUGAAACAUUCUAAUCCAAUGGAUUCUGAAACAUCACAGCCACUGCUUGAUGCUAGGAUGUGUCUACUAAAACCAGCAACCAAUCAUCCUGGCCAGUUGGUCCAAGGAAAUUCUGGGAGCAUUUCUGCAGCACUGCAGCAAAUCCAGGCACAAACUCAACAGACUACCGACAUCAAAAGUGAAGUGAACUUGGGUACAGCUCAGAGAUCUUUGCCUACAGACGCAUCUUCAAUUUAUGGGCACGGAAUCAUGCAGUCCAAACCUGGAACAGGAAAUACUGGAAUGAGCCCUGGAGUUGGCAGUCUUCCAUUAAAAGGGUGGCCCUUAACUGGGAUUGAUCAAAUUAGACCAAGUUUGGGAGCCCAAGUUCAGAGGCCUCUUUUAGGUGGAAGUCAAUUUCAGCUUUUGCCGCAGCAACAGCAACAGUACUUGGCUCAGGUUCAAGCACAAGGCAACCUUGCUAAUUCACCAAUCUAUGGGGAUAUGGAUCCACGAAAGUUUAGGGGAUUGCCAAGAGGUGCAUUGCAAGCCAAAGAUGGCCAACCAAAUGGAAAUGAUGGAUCUAUUGGUUCUCCAAUGCAAUCAACUUCAUCCAAGAUGAAUGUGCCACAGAUGCAACAAUCAUCCUCUCAACAACCAGAUCCUUUGCAAUCGCAGCAAGUGCAGAAUAAUCGGAAAAGGAAAGGUCCUUCAUCUUCUGGACCUGCUAAUAGUACUGGUACAGGAAACACUGUGGGCCCUUCUCCUAAUUCUCAGCCAUCAACUCCGUCAACUCAUACUCCUGGUGAUGGAAUUUCCACAGCUGGCAAUUUACAGCAUGUCAAUAGCAUGUCGAAAGGCAUGAUGAUGUACGGUGCUGAUGGAACAGGAGCUCUUGCAUCAUCAACAAAUCAGCUGGAAGACAUUGAACAUUUUGGAGAUGUUGGCUCCUUGGAUGAUAAUGUUGAAUCUUUUCUCUCACAUGAUGAUGGAGAUGGAAGGGAUUUGUUUAGCACAUUGAAAAGGAAUACUUCUGAACAUGCUGCAGAAGCUUCCAAGGGUUUCUCCUUCAAUGAAGUUGGUUCUAUACGUAAAAGCAAUGGAAAAGUUGUUUGCUGUCAUUUCUCUACAGAUGGAAAGUUGUUGGCCAGUGCUGGACAUGACAAGAAGGUUGUUAUUUGGAACAUGGAAACUCUGCAAACUGAAUGCACUCCUGAAGAACACAACCACAUAAUUACAGAUGUUCGUUUCAGACCAAAUACAACUCAGCUGGCAACAUCUUCAUUUGAUACAAGCAUUCGACUCUGGAAUGCUGCAGAACCAAGAUAUUCCUUGCAGACAUAUGCCGGGCAUGCCUCACAUGUGAUGUCUCUAGACUUCCACCCAAAGAAGAAUGAUCUUUUCUGUUCUUGCGAUGGUAACAAUGAGAUACGCUUCUGGAAUAUCAAUCAGUAUUCUUCCACCCGUAUAUCCAAGGGGGGUACCGCACAGGUUAGAUUUCAGCCAAGGAUUGGACAUCUACUGGCUGCAGCAGCAGAGAAUACUGUGUCCAUCUUUGAUGUUGAGGCAGAUAGACAGACACACUCGUUACAGGGUCACCCCACUGAGGUACACUCUGUUUGUUGGGAUGUAAAUGGAGAUUACUUGGCAUCCGUCAGUCAAGAGUCUGUCCGAGUGUGGUCAUUGGCCUCAGGAGAGUGCAUUCACGAACUGAGUUCCAGUGGGAACAAGUUCCAUUCUUGUGUUUUCCAUCCAAGUUACUCCACUCUCUUGGUCAUUGGGGGCUAUCAGUCACUGGAACUCUGGAACAUGGCUGAAAACAAAUGUAUGACAAUUCCUGCUCACGAGUGUGUGAUAUCAGCUUUGGCACAAUCACCGCUUACCGGGAUGGUAGCCUCUGCAAGUCAUGAUAAAUGCGUGAAGAUAUGGAAAUAAGUGCUGAUAUAACAUGCUUCAAAAUUCCCCAGUAUCGACUCUAAUCUCGGACGCAGAAUUUCUCAGAAAAAAAAAAUUGAAAAAGGGGUGAUAAAUGAAAACCCCUCCCAUAUAUAUUAAUUUUGAAUUUCUUCUGACUUCCAUUAUUUUCUUCUUCUUCUUCAUAUGUAAUAAGGUGGGUUUUGAGUUUCCCUUAGUUUCAAGGUGCAGUUUCAGUGUGUUGCAUUUAUGGGAUUAAACACUCAAAAGGUACAGAAUAUUUUUACUUUGGAAAUAUGCUUUUGUUUUUAGAUACUAAAUUUAUUAUAAGGUAUUUGCAUACAUAUGUAAAAGCACUUGGAUACAAAAAUUUUGAUGGAACAUUUUGUAUUUAUUAUAUUAUAUGCACCUCAACUGGUAAGUCUUUU